AUGUUCUUACAUUUUGCUCUAAUUUUGUAUUUUAUUCAAAUUUUGGCCGCAGAGUAAAUUUUAAAUUUUUUUUUAAUUUUUAGGCUUAUCUGAACUUUUUUUUUGAAAUUUUAGGUAAUAAAAAGAAAAAUAUGUUAUACCACUUCAAUGUAUGGUAAACCCCACAUCUUACUGUACCUAAAAACUUCAAUAUUUAGAAAUGUCUACUGCACCUACUACCGUAACACCAACGAAAUAACUUGUGGUACAGUCACGUGUGAAACCCAUGUUCCAGCAAACGCAGCGGUCGAAAAAGAAGACCCAGAUGUUGAUUUAUUAGAUAGAAAGCUGCCAAAAGGUUGGUACCGUAUUGGUACACUUCAAAUUCGUCAUGAUACUAGCUGGUUCAACUUAUAUCGCAGAAGAGCUACUGGUAAUGGCUACUGGGACUUUUAUACUAAUAUUCCUGAACGGAAUUGUGUUGGGUAGGUUGUUACAGUAGUUUUGUGAUUUUAGUACAAAUGAUACCCUAUCCUACCCUACCUUACCUUAAAUAGAUAUAAGGAACGCGCCGGGCUUAACACUCAGGUUCGGCCCGGUCUAAGGUCCGUUCCUCAUAUCUGAACUAAACUAUCUACAAUAUCUACACAGUCUUGCAUUGCCCUGCCCUGCCUUGCCUUGCCCUGCCACUGUCCUGUCCUACCCAUACUGCCUUGCCCUGUCCGGCCCUCGCUAGCCCUGCCUUCCCUUGCCCUCUCAUACCCGGUCCUUCUCUGCCCUGCUUUCCCCCGCCUUGUCUUUAUUUUUCUUCAUACUUUAUCGUACUCUAUUUUCAUAUAAUUUCAGAGGUUUCGGUCUACACGCGGGAGAAAACAUAACCGGUUCAAUAACAGUCAAAGACAAGCGUUGCUUUGAUCGACUGGUAGAUCAAAUCGAACGUAAAACAACUUCAGAAAAGUUUGAUGUUCUGCAAUGCCGAAAAUGCAUUUUCAAUAGUUGUUGGCUUGGGGUACGGAACCUGCCUGAUCAGAGAACGUACUUGACUAACCUGAGAUCUGUGUAA